AAAAACUCAACCUUUUGAAAAAGGUUCUUCUAGUAGUUGACAGCAUUACAGUAGGGGAUAGAGCACUAGUGUUCUUAAUCUAUAAAUUCCCCAACAUGGUUCUGAUUUAAUGGCACUUCCUUGUUGCUAUAUAUAUUACAGCAUUGCUUAUUGAAAGAGAGGUAAGAGUGCUUCAAAGGAUCAUCUCACCAUCUUCCUCAGCCCACUGGUUCUGGAGGAUAACCAGUUAGCAGAAGGUUUCCCGACAGGUCCAGCGAUGGAAACUGAGACGCCGCUGCAUCUUCUGUUUCUGACUUCAAUGUCCUUUACCUUAACUCUCACGAAUGCCAACCUCGAAGGUGAUGCACUAUAUGCAUUGAGGAGAGCAUUGAAGGAUCCAGGAAAUGUGCUACAGAGCUGGGACCCUACAUUAGUAAAUCCAUGCACCUGGUUUCACAUUACUUGUGAUUCCCACAACAGGGUUACCCGACUAGACUUAGGAAACGCGAACUUGUCUGGUAAAGUUGUCCCUGAGCUGGGGAGACUCGAGCAACUUCAAUACCUGGAGCUGUACAGGAACAACUUAGUGGGUUCCAUACCAGAGGAGCUGAAAGGACUGAAAAGCCUAGUGAGUUUUGACCUCCACCACAAUAACCUCACCGGCUCCAUACCUUCCUCCCUUUCCUCCCUCUCCAACCUCAGAUUCCUGCGUCUGAAUGGGAACCGGCUGACUGGAAGAAUACCAAGACAACUCACCAGACUUCGAAACCUGAAGAUCCUUGAUGUUUCAAACAACGAUCUAUGCGGUACAAUUCCAACUUCUGGCUCCUUCUACAAGUUCUCAGAGAAGAGUUUUGAGAACAAUCCAAGACUGAAAGGGCCAGAACUGAUGGGAUCUGUGAGUUAUGAGCUAGGCUGCUACUAAGGGCGUAAAAGGCACAAUCGAAGUACUUCUGUAACUGCUUACUGAACUUGUAUAAGUGACUUUAGUGUAUUCGGCAGACCUUGGGUUCAGUUCAAUACAACCAUAUUGGAAUGCCUUGGCUGCCCACCAAGAACCAUAUAUACCAAAUCUUAGAUCUCAUC